UUAAAAUAGUCACAUAUUUCUACUACAAGCAAUACUAAAACUCUCAAAGCGUAACCUUGGUCUAGAUUUAAGACAAAGCGUUGAAAGCACCAAAACGUAGGCCGACUGCCACCCCUAGGGUGGUGUAAACAACCUCCACCCAGUUGGACGCAGCCUGAUACAGCCACGUUAUUUUAUCAUGACACCGAAUCCCAGUGAAUCUUCUUUAGAAGAAUUCCAUUUGCAAGUUAAGAGACCUGUGGUCAGUGAAAAACCCGAAAAGAUUGUUAUUGUGUAUCAGAAUGUUUUAAUAUACACUGCUUACCACAUUUUCGCUAUAUAUGGAUUGUAUUUAACCUUCACAUCUGUAAAAUGGCCGACUAUUGUACUAGGCGUUAUCCUCUGGACUCUCUCAAUCCUUGGCACUACAAUGGGAUCCCACAGACUAUGGAGCCACAGAGCGUACAAAGCGACGUUACCUCUACAAAUAUUCUUAAUGAUCUGUACAUCUAUAGCCUGCCAGUUAACUAGUUACAAUUGGGUCAGAGAUCACAGAAUGCAUCACAAAUAUUCUGACACAAACGCAGACCCUCAUAAUGCGAAACGAGGCUUCUUCUUCUCCCAUUUCGGAUGGCUUUUAAUUAAAAAACACUCAGAAAUGAAACGAUUAGGGGAAACUAUUUACAUGGAUGAUGUUCACAGUAAUCCUGUACUGAUGUUUCAAAAGAAAUAUGCAAUACCUUUAAUGGGAUCUUUAUGUUUUGUUGUCCCAGUACUAAUUCCUAUGUAUUUCUGGAACGAAACAUUUGUCAAUGCUUGGAACUUCAAUAUAUUAAGAUUUAUUCUCGGCGUCCACUCUAUUUGCUCUAUUAAUAGCUUCGCACAUUUAUUCGGCAGUAGACCUUACGACGAGAGUAUUAUGCCCGUGGAGAAUAUGGGGGUUUCUCUUGUCACUUUAGGGGAAGGUUUCCAUAACUACCACCAUUCUUUCCCCUGGGACUACAAAGCUGGUGAACUAGGCAAUCAUUGGUUGAAUUUUAGCACGGCGAGUAUCGAUUUCUUCGCCAAAAUAGGAUGGGCUUACGAUUUAAAGACUGCGUCAGGAGCAGUAGUGGAAGCGAGGAUUAAAAGAACGGGAGACGGUAGUUAUAAACAAAAGAAUCGCAUUGACUGUGGAAAUUUUAAAGAAAAGAACAUCGGCUUAUGAAGUCUUUAUAAGGUUUAUGGCGAAAUAAUUACAAAAAUAUUGUACCAUAUAUGUCUUUUGAAGUAAUCGUUUUUAUAUGAGACUAGUUGUUGCACGCAACUUCGUCCAUGUAGAAUUAAUAAGCCUAUGUUACUGACUGAUAACGUAGCUUUAUAAUGGUGAAAGAAUUUUUAAAAUCGUCCCAGUAGUUUUUGAG